AAGAGUAGUAUUCUUUUGUGUGUUACAUAAAGCUAUAGAGUCAAUGUUGUUCACCUUAUUUUCCUUUGGAGAUGACGACGCAGCCACCGAUGCUACGAUUCCAUCGUGACAAACCGCAUUAUCUUUCUUGUAAACUCGGUUCCAUUUCCUAAUCUCUGUAGCAAAAUGUUUGGUUAUCAUCAAUGUAAUAUUUCAGUGAAAUACUGUAAAUAUCCAGUUAUGGAAAGUAGCAUUUUAACUGUUAUACAUACUACGAAUCAAAUCCUCCAACGAUCAACUUCUAAUUUAGGAAACUAAAUAACCAUUUGAUUCAGAUAGUUUCCUUAAGUUUCAUAUUACCGUUUUAUUUAAAAUAUCUUUAUCGUUUUUGUUCUUGGCACUAAUAUUAAAACUUCAGUACUUCCUCUGUUUCCUUCAUUCACACAGAGACAAAAGAGAGUGAAGAGGAGACGAAAACUCUGACAAAAGAGAUGAUGGAGUUGGAUAAUCAGCAGCAACCCAACCCAAUGAAGGUGAUGACCGACGAGCAGCUUGAAACUCUGAGGAAACAGAUUGCUAUCUACGCCACCAUUUGUGAACGUCUCGUUGAGAUGCACAAAACCCUCACUUCUCAACAAGAUCUUGCAGCAGGAGGGAGGAUGGGAGGUCUAUAUACAGACACAAGUAUUUGUCAAAAGAUGACAGCUAGGCAGAGGUGGACUCCGACGCCAAUGCAGCUUCAGAUUCUGGAGCGUUUAUUCGAUCAAGACACAGGAACACCGAGCAAGCAAAAGAUCAAAGACCUAACCGAAGAGCUUAGCCAACACGGUCAGAUUGCUGAACAAAACAUCUGCAAUUGGUUCCAGAACCGGCGUGCUCGUUCCAAGAGGAAGCAGCAUUGUGGUGUUGGUUCUUCUAACAACAAAAAUGGUGAGGGUGAGGUAGAGACUGAAACUGAGACAUUGAAUGAGAAGAGAAAGAGACCAGAAAGUCUUCUUGUUCAAACUGAUGGAAACAACAAUAACAAUGACAUUGGGACAGCAACUGCUACUAGUCCUAGGCCUGAAGAUCUUUGCUUCCAGAGCCCUGAGAUGAGCUCUGAUCUUCACUUGCUAGGAGUCCAAUCAAACACAAGGGAUGAGCAUCUUGUUGAAAGCUACAACCUUUAUGAUCAUGUUGAAGAUUAUGACAUGUCAGGCUGAUUAAUGGUCAAGAAAACUUCUAUUUAUCAGAGAUUAAAAGGAAACAGAUUUCAUAGUCAGCCUUAAGCAGUUUUAGACUUUAUUUUAUUUUAUAUUUUCUGGGGCUUUUAAUAGUCCUUUUUUCAUGGAAUGUUGAAUGGUCUCUUAGAGCUUUUAUGCAUGCUUUGAUAUUAUUAAUUAUAAUACUAUUAACAAUAACAAUAAGAAAAACUGAUUCAGUUUUAGUUUAGUUGAAAACAUGCAAACCUAGCAAAACUUUGUAAUACCCCUUCUCAAUUUCUUCAUCACUCACAUUGUGUAAGAGCAAAGUCUCUAUAACCAAAUCCUCCUGAUCAAUUUCAGACCCUCUCUUCCUUUUCUUCCUACUAUGUUCAAGCUCCAAACACAACUCACUUCCACUAACUUUGUCACAAGGAUGUUGUAUCGCAUCAAUUCUCAACUUAGCCGCCUUAAUCUUUUCUCUACGUCUCUGAACCAAACCACAACCCUUUAUGUAAGAAGGAGGCAAAUCAUCAUCAAGCCCUACAUCUUUCUCCAACACUUCCUUGAGUGUAAGUCUUUGGCUCAUCUUAGAUCUCCCCUUCCACCAAUCUUCACUAGAAACCAUCUCAAAACCCAAUCUUCUAUCUUCGCCAUCAUCAUCAUCAUAUAUUUGAGUAUCUUUCACCCUUUGAUCUGCAAGAUUCUCAUCUGUGAUUCUACAUUACGUGCAUUUUCCUGUGUACUUACUACAUUCAUCCAUGGAUGUUCCAACUUCCAAGCAAUGUUGAGCAGUAGGUCGUUUCUAACUCUGCAAACUCUUUGCUUCUGGAAGCUUGUCCUUAUCAACCAGUAACCAAUCCAUUGGCCAAUACUUCAACCUCUUGAUCCUCUUUAAGUCCCCAUGUCUGUCAAAAUAGUAUUUUGACCUAUCGCUCCUCCAAUAGCAAUCUGCUCAGAAUCUGGUAGGUUAGCUAAAGGAACGAACUUUAUAUUACUUUGCUUACUCUAGCUAUCUAAGUUCUAAUACCACACAUUUCACAAGUUCUUCCAACGAUCAAAAUAGGCUUUAGAGCUCAUUGAAACAAGCAAACCGAAUCUUGGUUUCCACUUUCAUCUACAGAUACAAUCUCUACGUUAUUCCUAAUGAUGACUGCAAAGCUUUGAGGUUUGAACUUUGGAGCUCAAUGAAACAGUAGCAAUAAGAUGGUGAAAGCUUUUAAAUUUGGGCUAUUACUUGGGCUCACUAAUGGAAAAAGAAAACCCAUACUCCAUCUAUUCUAUAAUAACGGCAUGGCAGUUGCAUCGAUCGUUAUGUGACGCCAUGUAUUUAUAUUGACACUAACGUUUCACGACUCAAAAGUCAGCACAAGUUUGCGCGCCGACAAUGACAUGAAGCUUGCGUUACGAACAUGGGCACAUAUAGUACACGUAACAAGCAUGAGGUCAUGACUUUGACUCGUUUAUGGCUUUGCAUGUUCAACUCUUUGAAGUCUUUUUCUUUUCUUUUCAACUCAACUCUUUGAAGUCUCAAACUGCGUUUUAUGGGCAUUUAUGUUUUGUCAGCCAUUGGUACUUCAACAGAGUCCAAAAGGACCAUUCACCCGAUUCCUCUUAUCAUUUUUUUUAUAUUUGAUAUAUGCAUUGAGUUAUAUCUUGGUUUAGCUGUAACUGCAUGGACUUUUAUCAUUUUAUAUGUAAGAUCAAUCUACUCGUGUUGUAUUGAUCCUUGUCCAUACACAAAAGGAUACAUGUUUACUUAUAGAAACACGUACUUUAAACAAAACAAAGGACAACAUCUUUAGCAUUUCUACAUGUGUAAAACAAACAACAAAUAAUGAUAAAUUUCUUCUAGUUAAAAGUUCAUUAAUGUUUCUAAGAAUGUAUAGAUUUUGAAAUUAAAAAAUAUGAAUAAGCAAAUUAAUGAAGAAAAUGUUUACAAAAGAUUUUCAGUAUGGUGUAAAAAAUAUCGUCAAGCAAAAUUUUUAUAGGACGCUUAGGUGGUGUAGCCAGACAUUAAUUCUCAAAAAAUACUGGUGAAAUUGUCGAUUAUAAAAUUAAUAAUAUAUAUUUAUUUUUUUGAACACCUAAUAAUAUUUUUUAUAGUUUGUAAUAUCAUCAUUAUCCAGCUUUAAAAAAAAUAGGCAUUAUCAGAAAAUAUGGAUCAAUUCAUUGAUGCUCAUAUCUUCAAUAUAAUUGACAUUUUUCCAUUAUUUCUUGUUUUCCCUUUUAAAAUGUUAUAGUUAAUGCUUCCAGCCUCCUCCAUUAUUGUUUGUUUUCUUUUUGUUCCUGUGUGUGAGUGUAUGCUUAUUUUAAUCAUUGGUUUAUUAACUCGGUUUGCUUUUUUUUCAGUUUUAGUGGUUCAAUAAAAGACGUUAAGACUCACAUCACACGUAUUCACACACCAAGGGUUAUUCCAUUGCAAGUGUACAAUUCAUUUGAAACUUGUUAUUAGUCUCGUAAGUUCCAAUCCAUCUUGGUCAAACACGUAUUCAUAUCUUUUGGUAUUCUUCUCGAUGCCAAAGAGAAGAAGUGAAUUGAAAAUAGAGAAUAAGUGAAUAAAGAGUCUAGUCGAAGUAGGUUUAGGUAAAAAAGUAACUUAUACCUUUUCAUGAUGAGUUCGUCAAACUAGACCUAUAAAGAGUGCCCACACCUAUCUUUUCUCUGCUUGGUUUCUUAAUAGUAUACGGCAAAUCGCAAUUUGAUUCUUAUUUAUAAUUAUGGGGAUGAUUUGGUACACGAUUACGAUAUUUCCAAAUCUAUUAAUAUCUAAAAUGAAUUUUAUUUGAUAGUAAUUGUUAAUUGGAACCACCGUAUUUAUGUUGACACAUGUUCCUAACUUUCUAAGAUCUCAUGUUACUUACAUAGGAUGUUUUAGAUAUUUUUGGUCAUCAUGUAACUUUUAUUAGAGAUUCUAAUAACUAUUUAUCAUUUUGUAAAAAUAGUGUACUUUCUGAUAACCAUGAAUUAGUUUUGUUUUUUUAUCCAACAAUACAGUCAAUAAAAACCUCCAGAUGAAAAAACACACCUAAAUAUUCAAAGUUAAAAUAAUAUACUACAAUUACCUUAUACAAAUUAAAAAAGAUUUUAAAACAUCCAAGCUGGAUAAAUCAAUCUUUUACUCUUAGUAAAGAUGCAAAUAUGUUCAGCUUUAUGGAUACUUCAGUCUCCUUUUUCAAUUCUUUUGUAGAAGUUGUAAAACUACUUUUUCCUUUUCAUACAACUUUUCUAUCGAUAUGACAUGGAUUUAACAAUUAUCUAUUUAUACUAUUUAAUUAUCUGCAAAUUAGGCAUAUAUGUAUAUAAGUAUAGAUGUGUAUGUGUGCGUCUAUUAUUACUAAUUGGAUCAGAUUCUUUCUUCCUCUCUAAACAACAACAGAUUCUUUCUUCCUCUUUAUCUUCACCACUUUCACGUUUCAUCUUUCUCUCCAAACACUCCAACUCAAACAACAUGACACGCUCCUCUAGAUUCCUUGGAACUGAGUCGGCGCCGCCACCGCCGGAAGAAAUACUAGCCGCCGAAACCGACAUGAUUGUGAUACUCUCAGCUCUUCUCUGCGCUCUCAUAUGCGUAGCCGGCUUAGCCGCCGUAGCUCGAUGCGCCUGGAUCCGCCGUCUGGCCGGCGUUAACUCCUCCGCCGUAGGAGAAUCUCCGCCGCCGAACAAAGGUCUCAAGAAAAAAGCGCUUCAGUCCCUCCCUAAGUCAACCUUCACCGCCGCAGACUCGCCGAGCUCCUCCUCCGGAGAGGGAGAAUCAACCUCCGAGUGCGCCAUAUGCUUAAUGGAGUUUUCAGACGGAGAAGAGAUCAGGAUAUUACCCUUAUGCAGACACGCCUUCCACGUGGCGUGCAUAGAUAAGUGGUUGACUUCUCGGUCGUCGUGUCCUUCUUGUCGUAGAAUUUUGGUUCCGGUGAAGUGUGAUCGGUGUGGCCACCACGAUUCCACGGCGGAGACUCAUGGCAAAGAUCAGCCUCCUCGUCAUCAACAUCCUUCACAGUUCAGUUCCGCCAAUAUUCCUUCUUUUCUUCCUUAAAACGUUCUUUUUUACUUUCUCUAUUUUACAAAUUUGUGAAAAAUUAUCGGCAAUAAUUAAGAAAAGUAUAAGUAUUAAUUAACUAGGGGUCUUUUAGUUACUUCGAUUUUUAUCCUCUGUAAGACUGUAACACUGUUCUGAAUCUGAAUCAGUCCGAUGCGUGUUUACAA